AUGGCUUUUGAUCAUCUCGAUUCAGUUGAACCCGAAACGUUUGGAUAUGUUGCGACGUUCCUUCUCGUUUUGGGAGGAUUUAUAGCAACCUUGGGCGUGUACGUUGUUGGAGUUAGCAAGAACAAGAACAACAAUAAUUUUGUAAUGUUUAACACUUUAUUGAUAUCGUAUGAUUGGAGUUUCGAUAUUAUUUUUACAAUAUGGUGUUUUGCAUCUCGUCUGAAAUCUCAUCUUCCCAUAGUCAGCUUAUCACUUUUGUUUUUUGUGAUUUUCGUCAAUUUUUUGCUCACCUUCACUAUAUUACGUCGAGAAAUUAAUAAUAAUGAGCAAUUUCGUGUAUGGUUUCAAGAACAUAAAGCUUUUGGUAUAUUGAUUGCAUUUUUUUCAUUAGGUAAUACGACCGUAUUACACGUGCUAAAUUGUAGAUUUAAUAAUAUGGACAAAUUUAAUGCGGUUUUAUCUUCAACUGCUGAAAAGAGGAUUAUUCAUGCUAGCGUAAUAGGCUUAAUUCUUGGAGAUCUUCCUCAAUUCUUUCUUUUGGUGUCGGUCAACACCAAUUUAAUUAAUUUUCAUGUCAUUCCUAUUACUGCUAUGUCUCUCAAUAUAUUAGUAAACUUCUUUGGAUUCUUUUAUAGAAUAUAUGAAGCUACAAUUAGAGAAUAUGAAACGCCGACGGUUGUUAACAAAAAACAAUUAGAAGCAUGA